AUGUUCGUAUUUUAUCUAUCUAUCUAUCUAAUCUAUCUAAUCUAUCUAUCCUAUCUAUCUAUCCUAUCCUAUCUAUCUAUCCUAUCUAUCUAUAUAUCUAAUCUAUCUAUCCUAUCUAUCCUAUCUAUCUAUCCUAUCUAUCUAACUAUCUGUCUAUCCUAUCUAUCUAUCUAUCUAUCUAUCUAUCUAUCUAUCUAUCUAUCUAAGUGUUGUGGCUUUUCUGUACGUAUCUAUCUAUCUAUCUAUCUAUCUAUCUAUCUAUCCCAGACUAUUAAUAUAUUAAUAUGCAUUGAGCAAUGGAUCAACAAUAAAUAUAUGUCUGUCGGUAUAUCUAUCUAUAUAUCUAUCGCAGUCUUUUCGUAUCUAUCUAUCUAUCUCUCUCUCUCUCUCUCUCUCUCUCUCUCUAUAUAUAUAUAUAUAUAUAUAUCAUUCUCUUCAAACACUAGAUCAAUAAUAAUAAUAAUAAUAACGUCUUAUAUUCCAAUCUCUCUCUUUCUCUCUCUCUCUCUCUCUCAUAUAUCUGUCUGUCUGUCUGUAUAUCUAUCUAUAUAUCUAUCUCAGUCUUUUCGUAUCUAUCUAUCUAUCUAUCUAUCUAUCUAUCAGCACAGCUCUUUCUUAUUAAUGUGA